UUGCCAUAUGGUACCGAUCGAAAUUGUGGCUGAGCUGUUGAGGACGUGGGAAGUAGCUUCGUGUAUUCUCGGUACCGUGGAAGACGCCGUUCUUGUAGGAUUUUCCAUCUCGUAUGUCGGCAUCAUCCCACGAAGACUGAGUGGCUGAGGACAUACAUGGCUUUGCCUAUAUAGAGGGGUUGAAGUCGUGUUCGUAUCGGCGUGGGUCCGUGGAGCAGUCAAUCCGCCUGUCGUCAUCCCGUGCUCGACUAGUCCCGGUCGGGGGUCAAGCUGUUUGAUCGAGAUUGAUUGCGCUUUUAUAGUGGCACGACUCCAUAGUUCUUUCCACUCCGCCUCUUCUCUUGACGCCAUCUUCAUCAUCCUCCCCUCCAGCUGACUUGACGGUCACUCUACCCUCACCUCUCAUCCCUGCCAUCCUUGACCACGUUCUACGUCAGCGCCUUCAGACCAUGGGCUUCGCAUCCAAGAUCGCCAACAGCCAGAACCCGCCGCCCAACAUGAGCGCGAACAAGCCGGGCACGUAUGCCGGAGCCCCUCCGACAGGCUACGCCGGCGGUCCUCCUGCGGCACUGCAGCCUGGAGGUGGUGCCGGUGGAUUGCAACAGCAAGCGCAACAGCAACAACAGCAACCGCAGUAUCAGGCUUACCAAGGCUCCCCUGCGCCAUCCGCUGGAUCGGGACCAUCUUACCCUCCUCAGAAUGCCCCCCCUCAAAAUGCUCCUUACCCUUGCGGCCCCGGACGCCCUCCCCAGCAGGGUGCGCCGACUGGAGGACCGGGAGCGCCAUAUGGCGCCCCUGGGGGUGCGCCUCCCGCUCCCCGUGCCACUGAUCAGCAGCUUGGCGCGUACAGACAGCUCUUGAUCGGAACCAUCCAAGAGAAACAAUUGCAAAGAUUUUGGCCCCCGGAGCGGCUCGAUCGAUUGGUUCAGACCCUUGCCAACGAGGCGCCCGCCAAGGUUAACAAACUCAUGAACGAACUCCGUGUGCCUCAAGAAGUGGCUAUGGAUAUUAUGAAGCUGUCUCUGUUCGAUGUCAUUCUUUACGUCGACGACAGUGGCUCUAUUGAGUUUGAGGAACGCGGUGUCAGAAAGGAGCAGCUGAAACAGAUCAUCGAGAUUGUUGCCGCUGCGGCGUCUACGUUCGACGAAGACGGCAUCUCGGUACGGUUCAUGAACAAUGCCGAGCAGGGAGAUGGAAUCCGCAACGCAGAUGAUGUCGGCCGCCUCAUUUCCCGUGUUCGCUUCCAAGGCCUUACUCCCUUGGGUACCAGCCUGCGCAGCAAGGUCAUCGACCCUAUGGUUGUGGGCCCGGCCCGGACAGGUCAACUGCAGAAGCCGGUCCUUGUCAUCACGAUCACCGAUGGACAGCCGGCCGGAGAGCCUCUUGACAGCGUCUCCAGCUCGAUCAGUUACGCCCUGAGCGAGGUGUCUCGGACUCAAUAUGGACAGGGUGCGGUUUCGUUCCAGUUCUCGCAGGUGGGCAAUGACACCAAGGCCCGGGACUUCCUCGCCUCGCUCGACGAAGAUCCGCGCAUCGGAUCGUUGAUCGAUUGCACUUCCAACUUUGAGGUUGAGCAAGACGAAAUGUCUCGCGCUGUACCCCCGGUCUACUUGACUCGGGAGCUCUGGUGUGCGAAAUUGAUGCUCGGUGCCAUUGAUUCCUCAUACGACACUAAGGAUGAAAAGGCUGCUGGCAGAAAUGCUGCAGCUGGGGCUCCCCCUUCUGGGCCUCCUUCCGGGCCUCCUGGGGCUCCUGGGGCUCCCCGGGGCGGCAACCAGUACGGUUCCUAUGACCAGGGCGGAUAUUACAACCAGGGACCUGCGCCUAGCUAUGGCCAGCCUCAGCAAGGAUCGCACGGAUCUGGCGGCUACGGUCAGGGCUACGGUCAGGGAUACGGCCAAGCCCCAUACCCCCCUCAGGGUCAAGGUCAAGCGCCAGCCCCUGGUUAUGGACAGUCCUACGGUGGCUAUGGCGCUGCCUCCCCUCAUCCCAGCCAGCAGGGUUACGGACAGUCUUCCGCCGGAGCCACGCGGGGUUAUUCUCCCUAUGGAGCUCCCCCUGCGCCACCCAGGUACUAGUCUGAGCAUAGGGGAAAAUUGCGGGACGAAGAGCAGACUGAUGGUUUUAUCGCUGAGGAUUGUUUCCUGCGAUGUUUUCAGCCUAUGUUAGCAGGAACUCAGUCGGGUGGCAGGUUAGGUCCCGGAUAGACUGGGUUACGUGGCGAUUAUCCGUAAAGCCAAAUUGAUGCUACAUUUCCUACUACUGUGUAGUACCUUUCCUGAUAAUAUCGUUGGGUUGUUACUGGCAUUCUGCCAGCGAUGACGUCAGUCUCGGAGCCCCGCAUCCGUGUGCACCAAUCACGCGUUAAGAGGCGCCAACAUCACCUAUCUCUUAGUACUAGAAGGCGUUGCAUGAACUCGAUCGAUUCAAGGCUCAUACCACCCGAUUGGAACUCGAUUCUCCGGUGGAAGCACUUCUACUGAUUACCCAAUUCAUUGAUGUCAACAGACAAUUAACCCGAGAUUAAAAAUGUC